GGCCGAGUGUAGCGGGGUGACCUCUGGCUCCCGCGGUCACGCCCCCUGGCCAGUUGGCGACCCCUCUGGACGAUUUCUGCUUGAAUGAAUAGAAAACUCACUGAAUGAAAAUGAGGACAUGACUGCUCCAAGAUCAGUGACGAUGUUUGGAAAAGUUUCCAGGCAGCUCUGCAGCUUAAAGAAAAUCCCAUGGUCAUGUGACUCAAGAUAUUUCUGGCAAUGGUUGAAUACAGUGUUUAAUAAAGUAGAUUAUGAGCGCAUUCGGGAUGUUGGCCCUGACAGGGCAGCAUCUGAGUGGCUGCUUCGGUGCGGGGCCAGAGUACGCUACUGUGGCCAACAGAAGUGGACACAGGACUAUAACAACCUCCCAACAGGCCCUUUGGACAGAUACAAGAUUCAAGCAAUUGAUGCCACCGAUUCUUGUAUCAUGGGCCUCGGAUUGGCUCACAUGGAGGGCCUCGAGCAUGUUGAGAAAAUAACACUAAGCAAGUGUCAUUAUAUUGAAGAUAGCUGUUUGAAAAGACUUAGUCAACUUGAAAAAUUACAAAAAAGCUUGUUGGAAAUGGAAAUAAUUGCUUGUGGGAAUGUCACAGACACCGGCAUCCUUGCUUUGCAACAUUUUAGGAACCUCAGGUAUCUGUUCUUAAGUGAUCUUCCUGGAAUAAAAGAUAAAGAAAACCUCGCUCACCUCCUGAAGGUAGCACUGCCUUCUCUAGAACUGAAGUUAAACCUGAAGUGAAAUAAGUGUCAGCUUUUACCAUAAAGGGUCACUUGAAGUUGCUGAUACUAAAUAGCUACAAAUAGUAUAUAAUCACCAAUAAAACUGUGAUGAUGACUUAGAAAUGGAUGUCACAAGUGACUCACUGACGUUACAUAGUUGGAAGAAAUUAUGUACAUUGAAUCAUAUUAAAAUAUGACAUAGCAUUUGUACUCUAAUGUAUUACUCACUGAUAUAUAUCAGUAUAUAUACCUAUAUAUAUAUUGUGUGUGUAUACACACACACACACACACACACACUGCUUGGUGCAGAUAUUGAGGCAGUUAUUCACACUGCAAUGCAAAUAUUUUUCUUUAUAAUAAUUUACAUCACACUGAAGCAUGUUACUGUAGGCGUACAAGUAUGAAAACCUGAGCGCUCAGUGACAGAUUUCCCGAUGGAGUCUGUGGGGCAAAGGCGUCAGUGUGUUAAGAGCAGAGUGCUGUGUUGCUUCCCAGGAUUUGCGUGCAUUGCGCAAGCUCCUGCAUUGCCACGUUCCCAAUAGCACAUACUUCUCACAGUCCCUUUCGCCGAUGGAAAGGUGCUGGCUAAUGCAUCCUACAUUUAACCUUGGGCUGCUUAUGGUUAAAACUGAACACAGGUACUUGUCUCUACCCAACCAGUUUUGCUGGUAAAACAGACAGUAAGGCUGUCUGUCCUUACUCCCCAUCUGCUUCAAACAGGAAAUGUUAGCAUGCUGAUUGAAGCUACUCUUGCUAGCCUUCAAAUAUUUUGAAUGCUACCAUCUGUGAACUCAAGGGACAUAAAAAUAUAAUAUAAAAAUGAAUUUUAUAUCUCAGAAACGCUAAUAAAGAUGUCGUAAGUGGAUCAAAA